CGUCACACGCAGGGGCUUUCCUCGGUGACGUGAAUGGAAAAGAGAAUCAAGCUGCGGACUUAAUCUGAGCAAUAUCGCGUUCAGGGCAGGAAAAAAAGGGCUGACAUCUUCCCCUCGGACUGUUUCUCGGGGAAUGUAGUAGCGGAUACCUCUAGGGUGAGAUUUACAGAACAGUUGGUUGAAUGUACACGGUGUACAAUAGCACCGAAGCUCAUUGCGUUCCGCCCUAUUCUGCCUCACUUGCUUUUAAUACUAUCAGAUCCAUCUGUACGACCGGCCGAUUCAGAAGAAGAGAACAGCAAACUGGAGCACACACAUCUCGGCUCCGCGAGCAUUUAGAGGAGACAAAAAAAGGACAAGUCCUCUGAACGGAUUACGAUAUUCUGAGCCAGAUUCAACUUGAACUGUCUUUAAACACCUUGUUUUUAAUUGACAGUAUCUGUCAGUUUUGUAGUUUGUAACAUAACUGGGGUUCAACAAUUUGUUUUUCAUUUUCUAAUUACGAGAAGAUCGUUGGAGCAAAAGGACUUUUUCCCAUCCUUUUCCCUUUUGGCUCAAAUAGUGUAGUUAUCUUUCCGUUUAUUGUUUAAACACGAAUCCUUGUUAUGGUUAUAUGACUUCAUAAAUGGAAUUUUCUCAACGGGAAAACUAACUGGAAUUUGUUGAGACCUUGACAAACAGUCUUUUGGGAAUCGGGAGUGUCCUUGUCCUUGAGGUUCGGAGCUUUGUUGAAAUCCACGCAAACUCCUCUAACCCAAACUCGCUGACCUCUCUUAGGACUCAAGUGGAAGAACACAACAAGAUUGUUCUUAGGAAAUGGGAUCUGAAAAGGACUCUGAAUCACCCCACUCCUCUGUCAGCGGCAUUCCCAAUCCGAAAUGCCGUGGGCCGGGCAAGAAACAAGGAAGAAUCUCUUUUCAUAGUCUCUUUCACAGCAAACGCGGAUCCAGGGGAAACAAGGCUAAUGUGGGAACUCCUCUUGCACAACAGCUGCACCAACAGCAACAACUCCAGCAACAGCAGCUUCUCCAGCCCCCCACCCCAACUAAUGUUUCAUCAGACCAUUCUACGGCAGACCCGGCUGAGCCGUUGUCCGCCAGCCAGGCCUCUCUAGGAGGUCAAGAACUUCUAGAGUGUCCCCUGUGCCUGGUGCGGCAACCUGCGGAGCAGCUUCCUGAGCUCCAGGGAUGCAGCCAUCGGUCUUGCCUGUGCUGCCUACGGCAGUAUUUGCGUAUCGAGAUCACAGAGAGCCGAGUGCAGCUCAGCUGUCCGGAGUGUGCCGAACGACUUGCCCCAAGGCAGGUGGCCCUCAUCCUGGAUGAUCCCAAUUUAAUGGAGAAGUAUGAAGAGUUCCUACUGCGCCGCUGCCUGGCAUCAGAUCCUGAUUGCCGAUGGUGUCCAGCUCCAGACUGUGGGUUUGCAGUCAUUGCCUCUGGAUGUGCCAGCUGCCCCAGGCUGGUGUGUCGGAGAGAAGGGUGUGGUGCUGAGUUCUGUUACCACUGCAAGCAAGUUUGGCAUCCUAACCAGACUUGUGACUCUGCUCGCCAGCAGAGGGCGCUGUCUUUGAGAACGCACAGUAACCAUUCACCCAGCUACACAGCUGAGCAGGGACACGCUGAUGACAUCAAGCCUUGCCCCCGAUGCGGUGCCUACAUCAUCAAGAUGAACGACGGCAGCUGUAAUCACAUGACCUGUGCUGUCUGCGGCUGUGAGUUCUGCUGGCUCUGUAUGAAGGAGAUUUCAGACCUGCACUACCUCAGUCCAUCAGGUUGUACGUUCUGGGGAAAGAAGCCAUGGAGUCGCAAGAAGAAGAUUCUGUGGCAGCUGGGCACUUUGAUUGGCGCACCGGUGGGCAUCACCUUAAUCGCUGGCAUCGCAGUUCCUGCAAUGGUUAUCGGCAUUCCUGUUUACAUCGGACGCAAGAUCCACUCACACUAUGAGGGAAAGAAAACGUCUCAUCACAGGAGGAAUCUCGCUAUCACUGGUGGUGUGGCUCUGUCAAUCAUUACGGCUCCAGUCAUCGCUGCUGUCAGCGUGGGCAUCGGUGUCCCCAUCAUGUUGGCGUAUGUGUAUGGUGUUGUGCCUAUCUCUCUGUGCCGCGGCGGGGGCUGCGGGGUGAGCCGAGGGAAAGGACGGGGUGUUAGGAUAGACUUUGAUGAGGAUGAUGGGCCUAUUACAGUUGCUGAUGCAUGGCGAGCGCUGAAGUCUCCCAGCUUGGGUGAGAGCAGUCUGGAGGGAGCAGCCAGCGGCCUCAGCACCACCUCUCCAAGUGAGGGUCUAUCUGUCGCCCCUGGGGGUCUGGGAGACACGCCCCACUUCAACACACUUGCAGGAGGAGCGCUCGGUGCAAGGACAGGAAAAUACAGCAGGCUGGAGGUACAGGCAACAGAGUUGGGAAAGGAAGGUGCUGGAAGGGAGACUGGCAGCUUGGGAGCGGCCAGUGACUGUGCCAGCACUAGAGGCAUGGCAGGAUCAAUCACUUCCUCCUACACCUUACCUGACAGAGAGGGCACCAACCUUGAGAUCCAGGUGGACAUUGAAACGAAACCGAGCCAUCUGUGUCUAACCACUGAAGAGGAUCUGGCUCCGCCCAGCGCCGCCAUGGCACCCGGUUCAGGAGAGGAGCCUCAAGACUGCAGCUCCCGCAGAAGUGGGGUUGUCAUGGAUUCCCCUCUGGCCCUAUCCCCAGGGAUGUCACUCAGGGAGGGUCUCCGAGACGUCACCCUCGCUCAGCCGGAGAGCAUCCGCAGCGACCUAGAAAUGUCCGACACGCAGUCGGAUGACAUCGCGGAGCUCACGUCCGACGACUGCGACUCCCCCCAUCCCAAAAGCUGCCACGCCGCACCCCCGCCGCAGACCACCUGCAGAGCCUUGAACCCCACCGACAGCCUGCACUGUCCCGACAAUGUCAUUCUGUACGUGUGAGAGAGACUCUCGCCAUUGCACAAAGCCAACCGUUUCUGAGCUUUUGACGCUUUACCUGUUAUUUUGCUGCUUUUUAUAAAUACCUUAAAAUGGCAUCCAGACAACUCAUGGAACUGAACUCAUCGCUCUGCUUGCCUGUCUCGUCUGGUUAUUACAGGCACAGACAGGUCCUCUACCUCUUCAGAAAUUCAUACUGUUAUUCAUCGGUUGGUGUUUACUUCUCGGUGCGGAAAUGCCUUGAGCAAAAAAAAGCGCUGAAUCGGUACUCUCGCGACCGGAAGAAUUUCCUUUAAAAACAAACAGACAAAUAAUGCUACAAAGUGAAAUGUCACCAAGCACAUGUAUACAAGAGAGGCUUUCUAUACAGAUGACACAUUUCAGUAUUGUUUGUAUGUUUGUUUUACUCCAUUUCUUUUUAAAUCGACCUGGAAAUUGUAAGAUUCACCGCAUGCCCGUUCGCAUGCUAGUAUUGUUUUGGUCGCGCUGGCCCGGUUUGCACAGAAGAACACAUACACACACACUUCAAAGUGAGCGUAAGGUCAGUGCAACGGGAGACUGAUCCGAACGUCACUAGCAGACAGUUUCACUUGAAUCACUGACUGCCUGCCUUACAGACAGAGCACAUGCACUCCGAUCCCUUACACUGUCUGUGACUCACUGACAACACUGUUUGUGCCCUCUUGAGCUGAGACGUGAGAGAUGGAUGUACGUGUGGAUGUUUACCAGUGUUGAUUUUAUUGCUGGGUAUUAAAAAUCAUAUAGUAUCAAGGAUGGACCUUCCAUUCACAUGCAUGUCUGUUGUUAAUAUUAUUUAAGUAUGAUUUUUGGACUGUUUUAUCUCCUUCUUAAGGCUUUCGAAUCUUUUUGCAAUUUUUUUUAUGUUCAUUUUCCCGCUAGCUGGAUGGAUGGAGAAGAGAGAUGGGUUGGAUGGAUGAGCACUCCUGCACUUUAUCCCACUAUUUAUCAUCGUAGGCUUAUAUUUAUGCACUUCCUUUUUUCUUUUGGAGCUUCUCUGGGAAACAUUCGAAUGGUGUAGUCAUGAUUUUGUUAUUUAAUUUUGGAUGUAAUUGUUUUGCAUUCUUAACAAGCUAUGCUUUCUGAAUUUCAUUAUACUCGGCUGCAGAAAGAGAAUUGUUGGUUUUUACACGUAAUGAUGGAUUAGCUUUGUCUCGUAAUCACGAAAAAAGAUUUGCGGUUGUCACAUCUUUUUUGUUUUAUUUUGGUUGUGUGAAGAUGCUUUUAUAUUUUUAGGUUUAUGAGUGGAUUGUGAAAACUACUUGAUCGUUUGAACUUUAAACUGGUUAUGGUUAAUUGAGUGUUAAGUAAAUUCAGUUACAUAAGCAAUAUGCUGAAAAGAAGGUGUGUUAAUUCUGGCAUCGUUUUGUACAUCCCCACAAAGAGAACUGCACUGGCUGUGAGUGUUUGAAUUAACAUAAAAAUAAACAUUUCCUCCUUUGUGGCA